AUGAAAUCUCCCCACAAAUCGGAAAAAGUGAAUAAAAAUGUAAAAGAAAAUAUUGAACGAUUACCAUUGCAAAUGUAUUUGAGAAUUAAUUUAAAACGUUUUCUAUUGGAGACAGCAUUAAAUGGUUUGAAAUAUGUUGCCGAUUCGGAACGUAGUAUUUGGGAAAGGCUGUAUUAUUUGAUUUCAUUUCUGAUUUGUUUCAUUUGUGGCCUUUACAUGGCAAUUUAUUUUCUCAAUAAAUGGCAAAAUACGCCCGUUAUCAUCAGUUUAAGUUCCCAACCAACACCAAUUGAAAAUUUACCCUUUCCAUCGGUGACAAUUUGUAAUAUGAAUAGCUUGAAACGUAGUAAAGUUGAAAAUAUUGAAGUAGAUUCACCCGAGUAUGCCUAUAGACAAAAAAUAUGCUCUCAAAAAUAUGAUUAUACAAGGUUCCAAAAUUUCACGCCACGUUCUGAAAAGGAUACUAUGACUUAUUUUCAUAUCGAUAACGCCCAAUCAUGUGCGGAAAUGAUAGUUUAUUGUAAAUUCGGCGAUGUUGAAGAAAACUGCACUGAUUUGUUCCGUGAAGUUCAAUUGGAUGAAGGCCUGUGCUGUAUCUUCAACCAAUUGCAUCCAUUUUUCUUAGUUAAAGGAAAUCAAAUGAUAUCGGGUCGCAAUUUCAAAGUGAAUCGUAAUGAAAGAAAAAAUAUUGAAAAAUUACCAAUACACACGUAUGUGAGAAUUAAUUUAAAACGAUUUCUAUUGGAGACAGCAUUGAAUGGUUUGAAAUAUGUUGCCGAUUCGGAACGUAGUAUUUGGGAGAGAAUGCCCAAUCAUGUGAAGAAAUGA